AUGGCCACCCCCGUCACAUUCAUCUUCGAAGCCCUCGAGUCCGCCGGCAAAGCCUGCGAGCAGAAUGAAGCCGCCUCCUGCUAUCCUAUCCUGUAUACCAAUCCUGAUUCCCCUAUAUUCAAUCCUUGUCAAGCAAGAAUAGCUACCCCCGUCACUUCCAUUCUCGAGCCCUUGGUUUCCACCGGAAAAGCCUACGAGCAGGAUGAAGGCGGCUCCCGCGAAGCCCUGAUCGACCGUCAAGCAACAAUAGCCACCCCCGUCACUUCCAUCCUUGAAUCCCUGGCGUCCGCCGGCAAAGCCUACGAGCGGAAUGAAGCCGGUUCCCGCGAAGCCCUAAUCGAGCUUGGCCGCGCCCUGGUGACACAGCUCGAGAUCCCGUCCGAGUUCCUGCAGCGCACAUUCUGGGCGGAGCCCGCCCAAUCCGCCAUCAUCCGCAUAGCCGUCGACACGCACCUCUUCCAGCACCUCCGCGCCGCCGGGCCACACGGCCUGACACCACACUCCCUCUCCCAGAAAACGGGAAUCGACGUGCCCCUGCUCUCCCGUCUAGCGCGCCACCUGGUCGCAAUGCACCUCCUCGCCUUCAGAAACGGGACGUUCCGCCCAACACCGCUCUCAAACGGCCUCGCGGAAGAAAACUACCAGCACAGCAUAUCCUUCUGCUACGAUACGGCCCGGCCAUCCUUUAAUAACUUCCCAGCCCACUUCAAGAGCCGCGCGUAUACCUCUCCAGAACUGGGGAGCUUAGACGGACCCUUCCAGGACGCGCACGCCUCACCACUCCCCUUCUUCGAGUGGCUGGUCGCGAACCCGCCGAAUCAGACGCACUUCGAUUCCUUCAUGAGUGCGUAUCGCGCGGGGAAGAGGAACUGGUAUGAGAGUGGGUUUUAUCCCGUGUCUGAGCGCCUGAUCGCGGGAUUUGAUCCCGCGAUCUCGGACGUGCUCCUCGUUGAUGUGGGCGGCGGGCGCGGGCACGACGUGCUGGGCUUUGCGGCUGCGCACGCGGACCACCCGGGGAGAAUCGUCUUGCAGGAUCGCGAGGCCGUCAUUGCGGGCGUUCUCUCCACAAGCAACAGCAACAGCAACAGCAACAGCAACAGCAACAGCAAUCCAGACCAGCAACUCCCCUUCACAGCCCUCGCGCAUGACUUCUUCACGCCCCAGCCUAUCCUCCACGCGCGCGCAUACAGUCUGCACUCAAUCCUGCACGACUGGAGCGACGAAGACAGCAUCAGGAUCCUACGGAACCUUGUCCCCGCGCUGAAGAGGGGGUACUCGCGCGUCCUGGUGAACGAGAUCGUGCUCAGCGAGGAGAAGCCCACGCUGGCGGCGACGAGCAUGGAUCUGAUGAUGCUGGCGCAUUUCGCGGUGCGCGAGCGCACGGAGCUCGAGUGGGCGCGGAUACUUGGCGCUGUUGGGCUGAGGAUUGUGUGCGUUUGGGCGUUUCCGGGCGUUGCGGAGAGGGUGAUUGAGGCGGAGUUGGUGUGA